GCUCCCAAUGCGUCCAACCUGAAAAUUGUAAGAAUGGACAGGACUGCUGGAUGCGUAACUGGGGGGGAAGAAAUUUACCUCCUCUGUGACAAGGUGCAGAAAGAUGACAUCCAGAUUCGGUUCUAUGAAGAGGAGGAAAAUGGAGGCAUUUGGGAAGGGUUUGGAGACUUCUCUCCCACAGAUGUUCACAGACAGUUUGCCAUUGUCUUCAAAACUCCAAAGUAUAAAGACAUCAACAUCACCAAACCUGCUUCUGUGUUUGUCCAGCUUCGGAGGAAGUCAGAUUUGGAAACAAGCGAGCCCAAGCCUUUCCUUUACUACCCUGAAAUCAAAGAUAAAGAGGAAGUGCAGCGGAAGCGGCAGAAGCUGAUGCCCAACUUCUCAGACAGCUUCGGCGGCGGUGGUGGCAGUGGCAGUGCGGGCACAGGAGGCGGAAGCAUGUUUGGUGGUGGUGGUGGAACAGGAGGCACUGGCAGCGCUGGACCAGGGUACAGCUUCCCACACUAUGGAUUCCCGACCUACGGUGGGAUCACCUUCCAUCCCGGAACCACCAAGUCCAACGCUGGCAUGAAACAUGGAACCAUAAACACUGAAUGUAAUCAGGACCCUGGAGGCUGUGACACCAGUCAAAAUGGGGAAGUGACUACAGCCACAGAAGCAGGGAAGGAGCCAGACGAGUCCAGCUCUGGGAAGGAUGGGGUGCCCCUGACACUCGCCCUGGGAGCAGAGGACAAGGAUGUGGAGCUUCGGGACAACCUCUUCCUGGAGAAGGCCCUGGAGCUCGCCAAGCGCCACGCCAACGCUCUCUUUGACUAUGCAGUCACGGGGGACGUGAAGAUGCUGCUGGCCGUCCAGCGCCAUCUCACCACAGUGCAGGAUGAGAACGGCGACAGUGUCCUACACCUCGCUGUCAUUCACCUCCACCCACAGCUCGUGCGAGAUCUGUUGCAGGUGACAUCAGGUCUGAUUUCUGAGGACAUCAUCAACAUGAGAAAUGACCUCUACCAGACGCCCUUGCACUUGGCGGUAAUCACGAAGCAGGAGGAUGUGGUGGAGGAUCUGCUGCAGGCUGGAGCCGACCUCAGCCUACUGGACCGCCUGGGCAACUCUGCACUGCACCUCGCCGCCAAAGAGGGGCAGGACAAAAUCCUCAGCAUUCUGCUCAAGCACCAGAAGGCGGCGCUGCUAAUGGAUCAGCCCAACAGGGAAGGUCUCAACGCCGUCCAUGUCGCGGUGACUAGCAACAGCCUUCCAUGUUUGCUGCUGCUAGUGGCUGCCGGCGCCAAUGUCAACGCCCAGGAACAGAAGUCAGGACGCACGGCGCUGCACCUGGCCGUGGAGCAGGACAACGUGUCCCUGGCGGGCUGCCUGCUCCUCGAGGGUGAAGCUCAUGUGGAUAGCACCACCUAUGACGGGACCACACCGCUACAUAUCGCAGCCGGGCGAGGCUCCACCAGGCUGGCUGCACUGCUCAAGGCUGCAGGGGCAGACCCCCUGGUGGAGAACUUCGAGCCUCUGUACGACUGGGAUGAGUCCUGGGAAAGAGCCAGUGAGGAUGAAGGCAUGGUGCCGGGGACGACACCACUAGACAUGGCGGCCAGCUGGCAGGUGUUCGACAUCCUGAACGGGAAGCCGUACGAGCCUGAGGUCACAGCUGAUGAUGCCCUGGCCCAAGGGGACAUGAAGCAGCUGAGCGAGGAAGCCAAGCUGCAGCUCUACAAGCUGCUGGAAAUCCCUGACCCAGACAGAAAUUGGGCAAUGCUGGCACAGAAGCUGGGUCUGGGCAUCCUGAACCAUGCCUUCCGGCUGAGCCCCGCACCAGCCAAGACACUCAUGGACAACUACGAGGUCUCAGGGGGGACCAUCAAGGAGCUGACUGAGGCCUUAGGACAGAUGGGCUACACGGAAGCCAUUGAAGUGAUCCACGCAGCCUGCUGUGGCUCAGGGACCUCCAGCCCCGUGAAGGGCACCAUGCAAGCCCCAUCACCACCCCUGUUGCUGUCACCUCAGAUUGAUGAGCUUCGAGACCAGGACAGUAUCUGCGACAGCGGUGUGGAGACCUCCUUCCGCAAGCUCAGCUUCACGGAGUCCCUGACGGGUGGGGGCCCCUUGCUAACACUUAACAAAGGGCCCCUUGACUUUGGGCAGGAAGGACCCAUAGAGGGCAAGAUUUAGCUGCCGUGAUGGCCACGCCAUGUAACCAAAGCCAGAAAGUCCAGUACUUUGCCCAAGAGAUGGAAGACUGGGCAUCCAGAGGCACUAAUCGGAAAGGCGGCCUGGAGCCGUCCGGCUACCGCAGGCCUCUGAGCACGGCCACCCCAGGUCCUUGGCUGAGUCCCGGCAGGGUCACAUCCAGGCAGGAAGUACCUGGCAGGCACAGCCCUUAAGCCGAUGGCGUUCCUAAAGCGAGGAGUGCAUCGGUGGCACCGCUGCCGCUGGGUCACUGCUUUCUCUUCCAUCACUGCUGCUGCUGCUCCUCCCCCUCUGCUGUUUCCUUGAACCCCUUCCAUGGCCACCUGGUGUCUCUCUAGCCGUCCAGGCACAGUCUGUGCGCCCAAAUACUAAGGAAGGAGAUAUUUUUGGAUGAGAGUCGCUUGGUGUGCAAUAAGAAAGGCUGCGCACUUUCUAACGCGCCGUCGCUGUGAUUUGCAAAGCACGCACUUAGCAAUAUUUAAACAUGGUUCCAAUCAGGGCUGAACAUGGUAUUCUCCCCCCUUUUUCUGCAUUUUGCUAUUGUAAAUAUGUUUUUUAGACCAAAUACUUUAAAGGAAAAAUGUUGGAUUUAUAAAUGCUAUUUUUUAUUUUACUUUU